CGGCAAGGGCGCCCAGCUCCAGCUCCCGCCGCCACUCGCUGCCGCUCGCCCGGCCCGUCCGCACUCCCCGCUCCCCGCGCCGCAGCCAUGGGCCCCGGAGCCUCACGGGCGCCGGCGCUGCGGCUCCUCGCGCUGGGCGCGCUGCUGUGGCCGGCGGCCGGCGCCUGGGAACUCACCAUCCUGCACACCAACGACGUGCACAGCCGGCUGGAGCAGACGAGCGAGGACUCCAGCAAGUGCGUCAACGCCAGCCGCUGCGUGGGCGGCGUGGCGCGCCUCUUCACCAAGGUGCAGCAGAUCCGGCGCGCCGAGCCGCACGUGCUGCUGCUCGACGCCGGCGACCAGUACCAGGGCACCAUCUGGUUCACCGUGUACAAGGGCGCCGAGGUGGCGCACUUCAUGAACGCCCUGCGCUACGAUGCCAUGGCACUGGGAAAUCAUGAAUUUGAUAAUGGCGUAGAAGGACUGAUUGAUCCACUCCUCAAAGAGGCCAGAUUUCCAAUUCUGAGUGCAAAUAUUAAAGCCAAGGGGCCACUAGCAUCUCAAAUAUCAGGACUUUAUUUGCCAUAUAAAAUUCUUCCUGUUGGGGAUGAAGUUGUGGGAAUUGUUGGAUAUACUUCAAAAGAAACCCCUUAUCUCUCAAAUCCAGGAGGGAAUUUAGUAUUUGAAGAUGAAAUCACCGCAUUGCAACCUGAAGUAGAUAAACUAAAAACUCUAAAUGUGAACAAAAUUAUUGCACUGGGACACUCUGGUUUUGAAAUGGAUAAACUCAUCGCUCAGAAAGUGAAGGGCGUGGACAUCGUGGUAGGAGGACACUCCAAUACAUUUCUUUAUACAGGCACUCCACCUUCCAAAGAGGUGCCAGCUGGGAAGUACCCAUUCAUAGUCACGUCCGAUGAUGGGCGGAAGGUUCCUGUGGUCCAGGCUUAUGCUUUUGGCAAAUACUUAGGCUAUUUGAAGGUUGAGUUUGAUGAAAAAGGAAAUGUCAUCGCUUCGCAUGGAAAUCCCAUUCUUCUCAACAGCAGCAUUGUGGAAGAUCCAAGCAUAAAAGCAGACAUUAACAAAUGGAGGAUAAAAUUAGACGGUUUUUCUACUCAGGAAUUAGGGAAAACAAUUGUCUAUCUGGAUGGCUCCACUCAGUCAUGCCGCUUUAAGGAAUGCAACAUGGGCAACCUGAUUUGUGAUGCCAUGAUUAACAACAACAUUAGACACUCGGAUGAAGUGUCCUGGAACCAUGUGUCCAUGUGCAUUCUAAAUGGAGGUGGCAUUCGGUCACCCAUUGACGAGCGGAACAACGGCACAAUUACCUGGGAGAACCUGGCUGCUGUGUUGCCCUUUGGAGGAACCUUUGACCUGGUCCAAUUAAAAGGUUCCACCCUGAAGGCGGCCUUUGAGCACAGCGUGUACCGCUAUGGCCAGUCUACUGGAGAGUUCCUGCAGGUGGGCGGAAUUCAUGUGGUGUAUGAUCUUUCCCGAAAACCUGGGGACAGAGUGGUCAAAUUGGAUGUUCUUUGCACCCAGUGUCGAGUGCCCAGUUAUGAGCCUCUCAGAAUGGAUGAGAUAUAUAAGGUUAUCCUUCCAAGCUUCCUUGCCAAUGGUGGAGAUGGAUUCCAGAUGAUAAAAGAUGAAGCAUUAAGACACGACUCUGGUGAUCAAGAUAUCAACGUGGUUUCUGGAUACAUCUUAAAAAUGAAAGUAAUUUAUCCAGCAGUUGAAGGUCGGAUCAAGUUUUCUGCAGGAAGUCAUUGUCGUGGAAGCUUUUCUCUAACAUUUCUUUCCUUUUUGGCAGUGAGCAUUGUUUUAUACCAGUAGCCAAAAAUUCCUCUUGCCAUUAAUGUGUGGAACUGCAUUUUUUUUUUCAAGUGAGAUUCAAGUCUGCAUUUUAGGAACUGGCUUGGUGAUGGCACAGACCAUCUUUGCUGGACCCCAGAAGCUGAGGCUGGAGGCUUGUAAAUGAAGACACUGACAUCAUUACUCAGGAUCAGCAAGUCACUGAACACACAGGAAAAAAUGAAAAUGAGCCCUUUGAGGGGAGAGCCAACCAUCUUUAGUUUACAUAUGCAAAUUUUAAUAAAACUUAUAUUAACCAUUUUAAACCACAGAAAUCAUUUUUUUAAUAUCCAUUUUAAUCCACCAAACAAUUUAUGUUUACAUAGAACUCUAUCCUUUACAAGGCAGUUUUUAUCUUAUUUGAUGCCUAUAACUUUUUUUGGUGGGCAAGGCAGGCGAUGUUUUUCCCAUUUGGCAGACAGGGAAACUGAAACUCAGAAAGAGCUGACUUGUUCAAAGCCAUACAGCUGAAAGUGACAAAUCUAAGACCUGCACCCAGGUUUUCUGACCUCAAGUCCAGACUCUUUCAAUUACAUCCAGUUGCUGUUCAGAAAGAUACUUAAUGGUCUCCUCUGCUCAUAACUGUCAAUGGCAUCAAGCUCCUGGAUGACAAGUCUCUGCUUUAUUUCAUAUCUCUAACUUUUCCCUUUUUAGAUCUUGUUGUUACAUUGAGUUUCAUGGACUAAACACAGGCAGCAUUCUCUCCUGAGGCCACCCAUGUGCCUUUAACAAGUCAGGGAACAAAGAGUGCAGCAGCAGAUGAUGGGAAAGGCUAGAGCCUGCAAAAAAUAGUCCAGGGGCAGGGAGAAAGGAAAAGGAAGAACAGGACACCGGGGACAUAUUUACAUUAUGGAAGAAAAAGAGCUAAAGGGCAUUUAGAUUUGUUAAAGAGAUAUUUGCUAAGGAGUAGCAGAAGAGUGCCUGAUACACAGUAUUACCUGUGAAUAAUUUUAUGACAUUCCAUCAGUUCUGCCUCUGUGCUCUUUCCACCCUUCUUUCUAAUGUGAGGGUAUAAGAAGAGAACCUUUUAAGAUAAGGUGUGAUUCUAAACUUGUACCUGUUCUCCCAGCAAGAUGCCAGCACUUACCCUAGUCUCUGUCUCUCUUUCUCUCUCCCUCUGUCCCUUCUCAUCCCCCACCGCAGUUAUGGAAAACUCAGAGGGGAGACAAGGAUUUAUUUUUAAGUGUUAUACGUGAUAAGUUUGAAGUCAGAUCUGCCUGCAAAUAUGGACACUCUUAAGUCAUGCUCAAGUAUGAAUAUGAGAACUCCUGCCUGGGAGUGAGCCCCUGAGUGGGUGUUCAGGAAACACCCAGACUGAUGAAAUGAUUUAUAACCAAAAGAACAAAUACUUGCUUAAGGUGGUCGUGAGACCAGGUGAGCCUGCUCAGCAUUGCAUAAAUUUCAAUGAGAAAUGGGAGCCUUCACCUUAAAAAAUGGUGAGCAGGGGCACCUGGGUGGCUUAGUCAGUUAAGCAUCCAGCUUUGGUCCAGGUUAUGGUUCAUGGAUUGGAGCCCCGUGUCGUGCUCCCUGCUGUCAGCACAGAGCCUGCUUUAGAUCCUCUCUCCCCUCUCUCUGUCCCUUCCCCUGUAUGUGGUUUCUCUCUCUCUCUCAAAAAUAAUAAAUGAAAAAAAAAAAAAAUGGUGAGCAAACAGCAGCUAGAGGUUUGGAGAGGGAGUGUUUGUUAAUGUUUACAAAUAUUAAGUACUCUUGAUACAAAAUAUACUUUAAAAAUUUUAUAACAUCUUUAAAAAGGCUGCUGCAGUAAAAUAAAGCCCUCAGUUCUAUGCAUAUACAGAUUAGCUAUAAGCAAAUGUCAACAGGAUUGGAAGAGGAAAAUUAGAGAAAGGUGCAUUUGGAGUAUAUUUUUUAUGCUUGGCCAGUAAAAUACAAUGAAUCCUAUUAGAGCACAAAUUUUUAAAGAACAUUUUUUGUAAGUUUUCUAAAUAUAUGUGCAUAUAUUGUGCAGUGGUUUAAGUAAUGACCUCACUUUACAGCUGUAGAUUCAAUUGUGCAAUAAAACUGAAGAUAUGCUCCUUG